AAUCAGGCUGGCUCCAAACAGCAUGCUUGAAGAUGCUGCAGAAAAGAGCCUGAUGCAUUUUAAGCAAACACUGAUCGCUCGAGCCUGGGCUCUCCAAACAUAACCUUUUCCGAUUCCUCUGCAGGGGGUCGGGAAGUGCCAUUAGCUUUCUUCUCCCCCAUCCCACACCCUCACUUUUGGAAAUGAUUGGAGUUAACAGUGUUCAGAGCACCAGCAAGGUCCGGGUGAGAGCCACAGGUUCAGUGAAGUACUCCCGAGAAGAAUCUCUCUGGCGGCAGUCCCAUCGGUCAAAGUCUAUGAAAUUUUCCAACUCCUCUGAAUUUUCUGCUAAGGAAAGCAAGGCCCUCUACAAUUCAACCAAGAAUGAGAAGCUUGAAUGGGCAGUAGAUGAAGAAGAGAAAAAAAUUUUUCACUUGGAUGGUACUGACAAAAAGGAUAAUGAGAGCUAUCCAAAAGCCGUCCGUCAGAUUGUCCUGGACAGUCCUCAUGACCCCAACGCUGCUGUGUAUAAAAUGGGGUUCCUGUCUCGGAAAAUCCAUGCGGAUAUGGAUGGAAAGAAAACUCCCAGGGGAAAGCGAGGCUGGAAAACCUUUUAUGCUGUGCUGAAGGGAACAGUCUUGUAUUUGCAGAAGGAUGAAUGUAGGCCAGAAAAGGCUUUGUCAGCGGAAGAUCUGAAGAAUGCAGUUAGUGUGCAUCAUGCAUUAGCAUACAAGGCAACAGACUAUGAGAAGAGACCCAAUGUCCUCAAGCUUAAAACAGCGGAUUGGAGGGUCCUGCUUUUCCAAGCCCAGAGUCAAGAAGAAAUGCAGACCUGGAUCAAUAAGAUAAACUGUGUGGCUGCUGUCUUCUCUGCACCACCAUUUCCAGCUGCAAUUGGCUCUCAGAAAAAGUUCAGUCGCCCGCUCCUGCCAGCCACCACAACAAAGCUAUCUCAGGAUGAACAGCUGGAAUCCCACAAAGCUAGGCUGAAGCAGAUCUUCACUGAGCUUGCUGAACAUCGCUCGUACCCUCCUGAUAAGAAGCUCAGAGGAAAGGAAGUAGAUGAUUAUAAACUGAAGGACCACUAUCUGGAGUUUGAGAAAAUUCGCUAUGAGAUUUAUGUUGGCCUCCUGGAAGAAGGGGUGAAGGAUCUGCCAAACAGAGGAGAAAAUGAUGGGCCAGGACUGAAGAAAUCUCACUCAAGUCCCUCAUUAAAUCAGGAGACCCCAGUUAGUGCCAAGGUGAAACACAAUGUCUCAGAGAGGAAGGACUACAGACUGGAAACACCCAGCAUUAAGCAGAAGGUCACUUAAGGUGGAAAUGACAGCUGGGGAAACAGCCAUGCAGCAAAAUACCAGUGGUCAAAGAAUUUUCCUUUGCUAACCUGCCAUUCACAAAAAUAAGUGCAUCUGCCUGAAUAGGGUGUUAGUAACAUUUUCUAUUGUAUAUUUUGUUGUUUCUGUACAGACUGUGGGAGACGCCUUUGCUCCUGAUUUGCUUUGUGCAUCUUUGGGGAUUUUUUGUUUUGCUUUUAAAGGAACUGAGGAAGGGUAAAAUUCUGUGAUAUAUUAUCUGUCUCUUUCCAUUUUAUCUCCUCCCCUUGUCAAAUGGCUUUCACCUCUCAAGUUACUUAUCACUUUAUUUAUAUGGCGGGUGGGAAAAGUAACUGGACGAAUGCUGCAGCAUUGUGAAUUCAAGCUGUAGCUAUGAGAAAUCUGUGCAAAUGGGUAGCUGCAGAAGUGGCUCAGGCCACUUUUCUGCAGAAGGCUGGUUAGAUUCUAGGAUGCUGGGAACAGCAGUUUCUUGACAGUGCAGAGCACAUUGGUACUCAUACCCAGCUAUAGGCACUGUUGUCUAUAGUUACCGCAUUGACCCUGAACUCACAAAUGCAAAAGGGUGAAACCUGAAAAUCUCUAGGAAUGCUGUGAUGACAGCACUGGAUUCAUUUGGUGUCUGUCUGUCUUUGCAAAGUGUCUUCUCCUGAGCUAGCAGAUGGUGGGUACCCAAACCCAUGCCAUCUCUCCCUUAAUGGUUAGGGAUUACCCAGGCAGAAUGAACCUGUGUUUUACAUUUAGUUAUACAAGAGGCUACUGUAGAUGCCAGCCAUUAGCAUUGUGAUUUAGAGACAAAGGGUAUCUGUGUAGUUUUUAAAUGUACACUCUUACAUAGCUGCUAUAUAGAAAGCCUUAUGAUAUGUUGUUCACUGGCAUCCCCCUUUCCAAGAGUUUCCUUGUUGGUAUGCACAGAUGUUUACAAUUUCUCUGCCAGUGACAGAGUAUUUUGCCUUUUCUCUUUAGAAAGGGAUUCUCCUCAGCUAUCCAUUUUCCUUCUUUAACUCAUAUUCAGGUGGAACAUGCUGGAGCAGACUGGGGAAUGGGAUAGACCUGCUCACCUCAGGGACAGAAUUCAAUGCUAUUCUGGCUGCUCCAUACCUGGAGGUCAGCACAAAACAGCCUCAGAUUUGGCAAAUCCUACCCCCUACCCACAUGAAAUCACCAUGCAUUGCAACUCCAACAUAUCCUGCUUCAGGCCUUUGGAGAGACACACAGAACAGAGAGAAAGUAAUGUGGGUAGAGCUUUCCAUACCUCAAAACCUCUUAUUUACUCCACAGUUCCUUGAGGCAAUCAGCAGACUUCAGACCUCAGCUGACACUGGAAUCAGAAAAACCAAUCCUUGAAGUUGCAACCAGACAGCAGAACCAGAUGGAACUGAUUCCAAGUGUGAUGAUAGGACUUGCGAGCAAAGCAGCUAACAAACAUGUCAUCUGCCAUUAAAAGUGGCUGCUCUGUUCUAAAAGUCAGGGGAUUGGCAAAUAGUCAAAAAAUAGUCAGCACUUCCCAAACUUUGGGGCUUUAGAAGAUGUCCGCUUUAAAUAGAGCAAAUGUUCAAGCAUUUUCCUAAAGAAGAGAUGCCUUCCAGAACUGGAGCCAAAGGAAUGCUGAGAGAGAAAAUUCGGUGUAGACAGGUGCAUGAUAAUACCCAUUGGAAGGAAUUGUGUAUUAGUGUCCUGGAGGAGACACUAAACUGGGACAUGCCUGCAGCUGUUCAUCAUACAGUAGUGGUUAAAAACAAACAGAAGGGAAGUUAUAGUGAGAAGAAAAUCAUACUCAGAAUGCCCUUAUACAAGAAAACUUGUCCUAUCUUUGAGUACUUUGCCUGUUGCGUUUCACAGAAAGCACACAGCAGAAAUAAAAAGGUACAGCUUUGUAAUGUGGGCCCUGCUUUGCUGCCAGGGCAGGGUUCCAUAGACUGGCUUUUUUAAGGCAGCCUGGAACACACCCAGCAAACCUACUGUGAUUACAGAGUGCAGUGCUUUAAAAAGCAUAAGACAUUUAAGUUUUUUUCCAUCUUUUAAGAUAUUCCAGCUGCUGUAGACUGUAGUAACAAUGCUGAGCCCACAAAGAAAUGACUCCUAUAAGAUGCAUCUACCAACCUUGGCACAGAAAGUGACUAAUUCCUCUUCAAAGUCACAGAAACACAGAAUGGUUGAGGUUGGAAGGGACCUCUGGAGAUCAUCUAGUCCAAGCCCCCUGCUCAAGCAGGGUCUCCUAGAACAUGUUGCCCAGGAUCCUGUCCAGUCAGCUUUUGAAUAUCUCCAAGGAAGGAGACUCCACAACCUCUCUGGGCAACCUGUUCCAGUGCUCUGUCACCCUCACAGGAAAAAAAUUUUUCCUCAUGCUCAGAUGGAACUGCCUGUGUUUCAGUUUGUGCCCAUUGCCUCCCAUCCUAUCGCUGGGCACCCCUGAAAAGAGGCUGGCCCCAUCCUCUACACCCUCCCUUCAGAUACUUAAAUGCAUUGCUAAGAUCCCCCCCUCAGUCUUCUCCUCUCCAGGCUGAACAGUCCCAGCUCUCUCAGCCUCUCCUCAUAGGAGAGAUGCUCCAGUCCCUUCAUCAUCUUAGUGGCCUUUUGCUGGACUCACCUCCAGUAGCGCCAUGUCUCUCUUGUAUUGGGGAGCCCAGAACUGGACACAGUACUCCAGGUGUGGCCUCACCAGGGCUGAGUAGAGGGGGAGGAUCACGUCCCUAGACCUGCUGGCAAUGCUCUUCCUAAUGCAGCCCAGGAUACCAUUGUCCUUCUUGGCCACAAGGGCACCUUGCUGGCUCAGGGUCAACUUGUCCACCAGGACUCCCAGGUCCUUCUCUGCAGAGCUGCUCUCCAGCAGGUCAGCCCCCAGCCUGUACUGGUGCCUGGGGUUAUUCCUCCCUAGGUGCAGGACUCUGCACUUGCCUUUGUUGGACUACAUGAGGUUCCCCUCUGCCCAUCUCUCCAGCCUGUCAAGGUCCAUCUGAAUGGCAGCACAGCCCUCCGGUGUAUCAGCCACUCCUCCCAGUUUUGUAUCAUCAGCAAACUUGCUGAGGGUGCACUCUGUCCCUUCAUCCAGGUCAUUGAUGAAUAAGUUGAAUGGGAUUGGACCCAGUAUCAACCCCUGGGGGACACCGCUAUCUACAGGCCUCCAACUAGACUCUGCACCACUGAUCACAACGCUCUGAGCUCUGCCAUUCAGCCAGUUCUCAAUCCACCUCACUGUCCACUCAUCUAGCCUGCACUUCCUGAGCUUGCCUAUGAGGAUGUUAUGGGAGACAGUGUCAAAAGCCUUCCUGAAGUCAAGGUAGACACAUCCACCGCUCUCGGACAAUGUCCCUAUAUUCCUCCCAAGUGGCCUGUCCCUGCUUCCACCUUCUGUACACUUUCUUCUUCUGUUUGAGUUUUGCCAGGAGCUCCUUGUUCAUCCAUGCAGGUCUCCUGUCCCCUUUGCUCGACUUCCUGCUCUUUGGGAUGCACUGUUCUUGAGCUUGGAGGAGGUGAUCCUUGACUAUUAACCAGCUCUCUUGGACCCCUCUUCCUUCUAGGGCCCUAUCCCAUGGGAUUCUUCCAAGCAGGUCCCUGGAGAGGCCAAAGUCUGCUCUCCUCAAGUCCAGGGUUGUGAUCCUACUUUUUGCCCUGCUUCUUCCUCACAGGAUCCUGAACCCCACCAUCUCAUGGUGGCUGCAGCCACCAUGGGUGAUUCUCAGUUCAGGGUUUGAAAAGGCCUGAGCUAACUAUCAGAGCACAGCAAGGGCUAGCUGUUCCUUAACUGAUAAGGAGCCAAGCACAACUACCCAGCCUGCAGGGCAGGGGUAUUGCCAGCCAGGACCCAGUCCCACCAUACCCAAGUGAGGUGAGCAUGGUAGGCCUAGGGGUGGCAGCUGGAGUCAGCCAAUGGCCUAGAUUGACAGGCAAGUUCAUCACAAUGAGGCAGGUCCACAUUCAAGCUGGAAAGGUCAGGAUCAGGCCUAAUAAUUACCAGGCAGGUCCAUAGUGACAAACAGGCCUGAGGUCAAUCCAGGAAGCCAGUCUGUGGGUCAGGGUUCAGAUCAACAGGGUUCAUAGCCAGACACAGGCAUAUCUGUGGCUAAAAUGGAGACUAGUACUUCUAUGACAGAGAUCAGCCAGAGACUGAAUGCCCAGGCCUGAGCUUAAAUAGAGCCCCUGGGCCCAUGGGCAGAGGUGGUGGAUGGAGGCCCCAGGUGAGGCUGGUCAGGGCCAUUAAGGCCUAUUGGUGCACUCAGGGCUCUGACAUUAUGCAGCUUUGUCAGCAGAACCGCUCUCAGCAUCUGCUCUCUAAGCUGCCAAUGGCGUACCAUCACAAAGCAUAUGUAUGUUCAGCCCCCAAACCAGCCUUUGUUUCAGUGACAUAGGAAGGUUUCAUCCUUCCUUCUCAUAUUCCCUGCAUAUCUGCAUAUCACCUGGAAACUAUCACUCAGGCAAAAUCCUCACCCACAGCUUGGGAAGGGGAAUAUGAGGAAGGUAGCAGGUUUGGGCCCAGAGGGACCAGGCCAUCUGUGCGGCAUUGCUCAUUGUUUACACUCCACAGGUUAGAUCAGCUCUUUUAACCUGCUGAGAGGAGGUGGGUUUGCUGGUUCUGGAUUACAGGCUGAGAGCUGCAAAUUCCAGUGGUUAUUUGAGUCCAGCAGAACCUGGUCCUGGCAGAGGAGAAAGGAGUGAGCAACUCUUUCCUCACUAGGUUUAUUCAUUCUGAGGAUCUCUUUCCCUUCCAUCCUCCAACAUCUACAUGGGAGAAGGGUAGUGUCUUCACAGAACUUCCUGGUCACCAGAGCAAGCUGGGGUGGUGCUGACAAGGGAGAGAGAAGGGAAAAGAACACCUUCCAUUAUACUUCAAAAGCACAAAAUUGCCCAUCCACUCCCUCCACUCAGCCACCAAAGUGUGUGAGAUGUUCUCCCAAAGCCCAAACUACACUCUCCUUUGUGAGUCAGCAGGACUCUGGGGUUUGGUUCAGAUGAUUUCUGUUAGGCAGGGGCUGUGAAAGAGAAUCUCUGGGCUUGCUGUGUGUUUGUAUGUGUAUUACAGAUAAAUCACACAUGGAUCAGUGAACUUGACUACAGCUGUUUAAUCCAGUAUUUAUGUUGUGUCUUUAAUUGAUGUAGAAAGAUAAAUCAGCCAACUGGGUGAUUAAUGUAGCAGAGCUGUAGGGGAACACUGUUUAGCUGUGAUGGCAAUUCAGACAGUUUUUCAUCUAUAGGCAGCCAUUUGUAAAUGGUUAUCAGAAGGUUUCUAAGGGCUGUGACAGUUCUCUGAAGUGGCUUUUCUCUGUUCCUGUCUGCUUCCAGAGUGUGGUCCUCCAAGUUCAGGGAACCUUCUGGAAAGCAGUGUCCAGCAGUGUCCUGCUUUGAGUGGGUCAUCACUAGAUGACCUCCAGACAUCCUUUCCAACCAAAACUAUGUGACCUUUCAGAGCCCCAGCUCCUUCCCUUUUCAAGGCUGAUUGUGGGCACUGCUCUUUGAUAGCCCUCCUUGCUCAAAGCAGUCAAGCUCUUCACCUUGCUCUGGUAGGAUGACUUUGUGUUUGAUUGGAACAGCCUCUUCAGCUUGGAGAUGGCUGUAGCAGUGCAGAAAGUCAAAGGUGUCAGAGGGUUAUCACUGAGCUUCUGGAGAGAUUGCACUGAACUGUUUUCUUGAAAAUGGGGAAGGCUUCUCCAUCCCCAAAUCAAAUUUGACCUUAUCACAGUUACACUGACAGCACCUUCUCCUUUUCUGUCAAGCUGCUCCUUUCUGUCAUCUCAGCACCUCAGCUGCUUCUGUAUAACUGGUCUCUUUUCCUCCAUGCUUGCACCAUGUUCUGUCCCUGGGAACAUGCAAGGCCAGAAAAGCACAGUCCUGAAUGGUCACAGUCAGAACUGUUCAGACUUAAAUUAGGCCCUGAUUCAUGGGAGGUGUUUCCAUGUCCUGUUGAUGUCCACAAGGACUCAGUCAUGUACUUUCUUAAACAGGCAUGCUUUCCUGAAUCAGAGUUUUUCUACAGGUACCACAGGAUGCCCCUGGAUCCCCUAUUCUACUUCAUGUAACUGGUACUAGAAAGAUCAUUUCCUGGUAAAUGAAGGCACUUAAUGGGUCCUCUCCUCCUUGGGGAAAAGUGUGGAUAUUGUUAUAUCAUUUUAAAUAAUAUUUUGUAAUUUAAGUUUACAUUGCUUUAUUUUUCACUUGAGAUGACUGUAUAUAAAUAUUUCCCUCUGUUUUAUCAUUGCUGGAGUAAGCUUACAGUAUGCAGGUGUAUGGGAAAAUGCGGAAGAAUGUUGAGGAGAUAGGCGAUGGAAGCUAGCCAGACCGUUCCGUGGGAAAAGGAGCAUCAACAGGGCAUGUUGACCCACAGUCACAUGGUUGAGCCUGUGCCAGUGUGGCGCUGCACCUGGGCCUUGAAUCGAGAAUAACGAUGAGCUCAACAUGCUUACUGCGCAUGUGUAUGGUACAUAAAAACUUCAUCUAGUGCCCCCCCACCAUGUUCCUCACCCUGGACCAGCGCUCAGCGGUGCCAGGGAUCCCCCGCUCCAUUAUUGCCUCGACCAGGAAAACGCUGGGGAACCCCCGCUCAGACGCAGAGGUAAUAAAUGCUCCAUAUCGACCAUUGUAUGCCUUGUGUUUGUGUAUCCGUCCCUGCCGGGAGUCCAGGCGGUGCCCCCGCCUCACCCUUACACUUGGCGUAGUCGGCAGGAUACACAAACGACAAUGCCGUGGCUGAGGAGAGCGAAGGGGGAAGGCGAGAGCCAAGAAGGGACUGCUCGCCUGCGGCUGCCAGGAUGGCCCCAGACUGAGCCAUGGGGGCCAGUAGCUGCAUUGCUUGCCACGCUGGCAGUCCCCGAGGACUGGCCAGAGUUGGCACAGGGGGAAAGUGUUACCCUAAAGGUGGUUGAAUCCGCUUUACAGGUUAUGCCCUUCCGUGCCGCUUCGGAAGCAGCUCGGAAGCUGGCUGGACGAUUAGGGUGGGCACUGCUGACAGGCAUUCGAGCCUUACAUAACAAGGUAUCGUCUUUGCAGCAACGAGUAAAGGAUCUGGAGAAGGAGAGUGGAGAUUUGCGUGAUAUGCAAAGGCGAUAGCCUAAGAAGUGAUUACAGCACAAGCUGAGAAAAGUCAAGAUUUAGCCCACAAGAUGGAGUGGCUAGCUUUGCAGAUGGCUAAUAGGCGGCGUGGGCGUUAUGGGAAGGUGCCCGCUACUGUUUCUCAGGUGCAGGCGAUUAUAGCCCGACCCUCCUGGGAUCCAGAGGAGUGGGAUAGUAAUAUUUGGAGUACCUCAUCUGACUCAGAAAUUGAGUUUGAUAUCAAGCAAGGACUCGCUAACGCUCAGGUGCAGCCUCUUGUUCAGAUGCGGGGGGAGCGACAGAUAGAUAGGGAUAUUGUAGAGCAGACAAGGACUUAUACGCCAAAGGAGUUACGUGAGUUUUUGACCACAUUCCAGCAGCAACCAGGGGAGUCAUUACUAGCGUGGAUGGUGAGAGCCUGGGAUAAUGGGGCUGGAUCAUUAAUGUUGUUAAGAGAGGAGCUGAAUUUAAUGAGCCCGUUGUCCACAGAUGCUCAAGUGCAGUAUUAUCUCUCCCAGCUUACAUCUGCGCAAGAUAGCUCCGGUAACCCUGUAGUUGCUCCUUCGCUGUAUCAGUGGUUGUGCGCCACUGUGGUAGGUGCUUACCCGUCCACCAGUGAGUUAGCUGCUACAGUGGGGGCUUUGGUAAACAAUAUAAGGAAUUUUGCACUUGUUGGUGAACCAGAUACUAAGCAAGGGAGAGCAGUUCGGAAUUCCAAGGUGAGAAGAUUGGCAGGGACUACUAAAUUGAGUGGAAAGCUAACGAGGCGACAGAUGUGGACUGAUUUGCUGCAGGCAGGGGUAUUACAUGAUGAGAUAAAUGGUCUUUCUACUGCUGACUUAUUUAAGCGGUGGCAGGGGUUACCUGCUAAUCAGCAAUAUCGGACACAGCCUACCACCCCACCCGCUCCAGCCACAGUGUGGAAAUUGCCAGCCAAAAGACAAUGAGGGGGAGGCGGGUCCCCUGCAAUACAAGCAUCUGUUGCGGCUUGGCAUCCGGGGGACUGAAGCCCUUAUGUACCCCUGCGAAUUCGCUGGUGCUGUGGAGGAGAAAUUGCUGUGCUUGCUUUACUAGAUACUGGGGCAGAAGUUACUGUACUACAUAGUGCGGUAGCUCUGGGGAAGGCCACUAUCCAUAUAUGUGGGUUGGAAGGAUCGGUCACCCCAGUGGUACAGGCAGUAGUUACGUUAAAAAUUGGCCAAAAAAAAAAAAUUACCCCGGUUUUAUUAGCACUGAUUCAUGAGUACCUCCUGGGAAUCAACAUGUUACUGGGCAGAGAUAUUCAGACCCUACAGGAGCAGGGGUGGGCUGUAAACCCUAAGAAGGUACAGGGGCCAGACAUCAGUGUGCAAUUCUUAGGGAUAGUCUGGAGGGGGCAGACGAAAGCUAUCCCUGAGAAAGUGUGCAAUACUAUUCAACAAUACCCUGUUCCCACUGCUGUAAAACAACUACAAGCUUUUGGGGACCUUUGGGGGAUCUGGCGGACCUUUAUACCCCACUUAGCCUAUUUAAUGCGGCCACUACAGCGUUUGAUCAAAAAAAAAGGGUAGCCAGUGGCAGUGGACUAAAGAGCAGCAGCAAGCCUUUGACCUGUGCAAGGAGGCGGUGGUCCAACAUUAAGAACUAGUCACUCCGUAUGAGGGACAACCUUUCGAGCUGGAGGUAACCGUUAUGAGGGAUAUGGUGUCUUGGGGGUUGUGGCAGCAAUGUGCCCACGCAAGGCGGGAACCCAUAGGUUUCUGGUCCCGUUCCCUGCAAGGGGCCACAGCAAAUUAUACACCUCUGGAGAAACAGCUUUUGGCUGUGGUGUGGGCUUUGCAGGAUACCGAACAAGUUACAGGACGUGACCCGGUGACUGUACACACCCCCCCUCCCCAUUCAGGCAUGGGUGAUGGAUGAUACAGUCAGGGCCUAUGUGGGGGUGGCCCAAGCUGCAACGCAGUGGAAAUGGAAACACUAUCUAGGAGCCCGGUUUAAGGUGGGGAGAAAGGACAUGAGCACCCCACAUGCAACCUUGUUAGGGGAAGUACAUUCUGAGCACAUGCCUCUAUUGUCUGAGCCAGAGGGGUCACCCCCGCCUUGCUCCCCCAAUAGAGCCAUCGCCUGUCCAAGAGGCCCCCUCCUUUUGAGACGCUAUCUCCUGAGCGAGUACAAGCCAAACUGACCUGAGCAAUCUCUGCUCGGCUAUCUGUAAUGGAAGGGGGGGGGGAUUGCCCCCCGCAUACUCGCCUCCGGGGAGGUAGAAUUCUAUACAUCUGAGCAACUGAUGAUUACUGAACAAAGAGUUAUAAGCUUACAUUUAAGACUGGACUGCCCUUCACAGUGUGUGUGGCUGUUUACACCUUUGAUACCUUUUGAAAUAGCCCCACUCUUAUUGACCUCUUCUCAAGAUUUAUCUUUCCAGGUAUCCGUAUCCACGCCAGUAAAUGUCUCACAGGGAGCACCAAUACUGCGAGGAAUUCUGAUCCACAGUGCUGCAGUGCCUCAAGUUCAGCAAACACCCUCAAUACACUCUUUAGCCAGUGCGUGGGUACUAACUCCUCAAAAGGAAAAACGGCCUGGCACUGUUUUAGCAAGUGGUCCAGGAGCCACUGCUCCAGUUCUUCCUGAUGGCGAUACCAUGCCUUUCUAUCUUCCCAUCAACAGGUUAUCACGCCAGCAUCUGUAAGCUGCUGUUGGAAUGUUGCCUCUUGCUGACCACGACAGAUGCCAUUGAUCUACAAGACCAUCCAGCUUCCCAUGUAAAUACAUGGAUUUGGCUCGCACAAAGAUCAGCUAACCUCCCUGCUUUCUGUAUUGCAGGCGGGCGAUCAGUGGAUGAUGUCUUAACUACGUGUUACAUAGGUGUACCAGCUCCACUUGCGGUAUUGCAGAAUUACUUUCCUAAAAAAAAAUUUUGACAUUUCUGUUACUCCCAUGAAUUUAUACGAUUUGGGUAUUGUUUCCCAAAAGCUGACGCCUUGGGCUUACUCUUCUCAUAUAGCUAACAUAUCUAAAGCAGAUGCUUGCUUUCGCUUUGUAAAUGCUGCCUCUGUUCUGCAGAAUGUAACUGAUAUGCAGUUAAUUUGUAAUGACACUAUGGAUAUUACCUAUGUGUCUGCUCACCUCAUGCUACCAUUAGGAUGGUUCCUUCUGUGUGGCACUACAGCAUAUACAUAUGUGCUGGCCAAUGCCACAGGUGGCCCAUGCACUGUAGGUCGUGUUACUUUAAGCAUUCCUCCCUUUAUGAUGGAGCGGCAGAGGACCCCGCAGCAUAUCGUAAGAUGCCGCUUGUAACCGCCAUAUAAGUUUAUUUUCUCAUGCAGAAGCUCUUGGCCUAUUGUUGAGCCUAGUUGGGAUCCCGGGAGUGGUGGCACAUAAUUGCAAACAGUUAGAGCAUGUUGCCUGUGCUUUGCCUCAAAGCUUAAAUUGGACAUCUAGAGCCAUUGCCUCUUUAAAUAAAGAGUUGGGAGCAGUACGGCAAUGAACACCGCAAAACCAUCUAGGAAUCAACUGCCUCCUACUGCGAGAUAACCACAGACACCAUGACUUCGCCGAGAUGUGCUGUUUCAACAUCACCGAUGAAUUGGCAUCUAUUGACAAUAUCAGCCACCUCAUACGAGGAGGACUCUUGUCUGUCUCUUGCUUUGUAUUAUGUUAUGUUUGGAUUUCAUUACUUCGUAAACUCCCUUGCCCUCGUACCCCAUGCCCUUCUGAGGAUUGGGACAGCCUGUAACUAGCUUUCCAUCGUGAGGGUGGAGUGUUUGGGAAAGUGCAGAAGAAUGUCAAGGAGAUAGGCGAUGGAAGCUAGCCAGACCGUUCCGUGGGAAAAGGAGCAUCAACAGGGCAUGUUGACCCACAGUCACGUGGUUGAGCCUGUGCCAGUGUGGCGCUGCACCUGGGCCUUGAAUCGAGAAUAACGAUGAGCUCAACAUGCUUACUGCACAUGUGUAUAGUACAUAAAAACUUCAUCUACUGCCCCCCCCCUCGGUGUUCCUCACCCUGGACCGGCGCUCAGCAGUGCCAGGGAUCCCCCGCUCCAUUAUUGCCUCGACCGGGAAAACGCCGGGAAACCCCCGUUCAGACGCAGAGGUAAUAAAUGCUCCAUAUCAACCAU